AUGUGCCCUCGGUCGCGGCGGGGCGAUGAAGCCGCGAUGAGCGCGGCGGGCGGGGGCGGCCUGCGGCCCUGGAAGCCCGACCCGGGGCAGGCGGGCGGGGGGCGGCCGGGGCCGGCGCUGCCGCUGACCCUCAGCGUGCUGGCCUGGCUGGGCACCGGCACCACCAUGGCCGGCCUCAACAAGUGGAUCUUCGCGGCGCACGGGUUUCGCUACCCGCUGCUGCUCUCGGCGCUGCACAUGCUGUCCGGCGUGGCCGUGGGCUACCCGCUGGGCUGGGCGCGGCCAGCGGGCCCCCGGCCCCGCGCCAGGAUCUACCUGCUCAGCCUCACCUUCUGCACCAGCGUGGCCCUGGGCAACCUGGGCCUGAGCUACGUGCAGCUGGACGUGGCACAGGCCGUGGCCACCACCACGCCGCUGGUGACGCUGGUGCUGGGGGUGCUGUGGGGCCGGCGGCCGCACCCGCUGCAGUUCUGGGCCAUGGGGCCGGUGUGUGCCGGGGCCGCCUGCAGCAUCGCCGGCGGGCUCUGCUUCUCCCAGCCCGGCUGCGGCUUCCUCCUGGCCGCCACCGUGCUGCGCGCCCUCAAGUCCAUCCAGCAGAGUGUGCUGCUGCAGGAGGACGGUCUGGAUGCGCUGUCCCUGCUCGGCCUGACGUCCCUACCCAGCUUUGUGCUGCUGUUCGGGGCGGCCGUGGCGCUGGAGCUGGGCCCCUCGUGGCAGGGCGUCCUUCGUCCCGACGCCGCGCUCUGGGGCUGCAUCCUGCUCAGCUGCCUGGGCUCCGUGCUCUACAACCUGGCAACCUCCUGCCUCCUGUCCCUCACCUCGGCCCUCACGCUGCACCUCCUGGGCAGCCUCACCGUGGUGGGCAACCUGCUGCUGUCGAGGCUGCUGUUCGGCACACGGCUGGGCGCGCUGGGCUACGCCGGCGUGGCGCUGACGCUGGCCGGGAUGGUGCUGUACCACCAGCCCCGGCUCCUGGCCGCCUGCUGGGGCCUGCGUGGGCUGCGGCGGCACCCGCGCCACGAGUAG